CAGAGAAGAAGAGUCCCUCUGUGAUUAACAUGCAUCUGUUCACCUGGAAGCCAUGUCCUGCUUUCACACCUGUCCUGUCUGUUGCAUAACACUGGCCAUAUUUCCAUGCACAUCACCGAUUAAAGACUUUAGGCGUCCAUCUGAUCGCGUUCAGGAUGACGGGGCUCGUCUGGGAACAUGUGUAGCGUUCACUAUAACCACAGCCUGACUGCCAUGAGCGGGAGCGACAUCAUGGCCUAUUCUCUGAGUCUGGAGCAGAAGACGGCGUUUGCGUUCGUGGGGAUGUUGCUGGUGUUUCUCGGCCUGUUGAUCGUCAGGUGUUUCCGAAUCCUGCUGGACCCGUACAGUAGCAUGCCAUCCUCCAGCUGGGGCGACGGUGUGGAGGGCCUGGAAAAAGGGACGUUUGAAUACGCUCUUACCUGAGACCACGGCUUCAUUCUAGAGACCCCGGAAUCAUAUAAAGCUAUUUCACCAGAUUAGGGAACUCUCACAGGACGCAUUCGAGAUGCAAAACGUUUUAACUUAGGACUAUUUUUAACUUUACGCCUUCCUAUAAAUACAUAAUGUUUGGUGAUGCAAUGGCUAAAGAUGUCUACUUGAUGGAUGCAUAUACUGACAGCGUUGCAAAUGGGUCGAAAAUUUCAGAAACCUUUCCAAAAUUUUUGAAACUUUCAGGGAUUUUCGGAAACUUUUGGAAAGUUUCCAGAUAUUUUUCACCCCUUUGCCACCCUACAUAGAAUGUGUCCUGUGUGAACACCCCCAAAGGAUAAGAGCAUUCAUCACAAAGACCUGGCCUGCUGUUACGACAUCAUACUUGAACAGAUGUUGAUUUCUGCAAUGUGAUGUCACACCAUUUAUCCACUGGGCAUCUCAGGGAAGAGUAGAGAAAGAAUUGCAUUAAAAUAAACAAGAUGGCACACAUGCAAGACAAUGCCAAGAUGUAAACAGGGUAACCUCGCCCUUUCAUUCACACUGUCCGUCUGCUUCCACCUUGUUGUUUAGUAAUGAAGUACGUUCUUGUGACAGCACACAGUUGCGUAGAGUACGCUUCUCUCCUGUUUAUGUCUCCUGGGUCUCCGAAGCUAUAAUAACCUGCUGUUUCUGAGAACUGUGAUGCUGUGAAGUCUUACAGCUGUGCAAACGUCUCUGUAGACCCCUGUCUGUUUUUCUAGCAAAUCGGUUUCUCUUCACUUACUGCCUAUGAACACAUCUGCACACAAGCAGCGGAGACUCUGCAGGACACUGAGAGUGAAGAAUCUUCCUCAGUGUUCGUUCGUUCGUUUGUUUGUUUGUUUGUUUGUUUGUGUGUGUGACAGAGGAAGGGUGUGUCACCAUGACAACAGCAGAAAGAUGCGAGCUGGAUGCGAGUGAUGCACAGA